CAGCUCCCGGCGCCGCGCGCCCCGCCCGGCCGGCCGCGCCCCGGCCCGCGGCAUGGCCCGCGGGUGAGCGCCCCGCCCCCAUCGCCUUCAUGGCCGUGGCCAGGAGGGUCAAAACUUUGCUGACCGUCAACAUCCUGGUGUUCGUGGGCAUCGUCCUCUUCUCCGCGUACUGCCGCCUGCAGGGCCGUUCCGAGGGGCCGCCGGAGCGCGGGGGGCGCGGCCGGCCGGGCGGGGCGCGCGCGGCCCGCGACCACGAGGCCAUCCUGCAGCGCCUAGACCACCUGGAGGACGUGGUGUACAACCAGCUGAACGGCCUCGCCAAGCCCAUCGGCCUGGUGGAGGGUCCAGGAGGCUUGGGCCAGGGUGGUGUGGCAGCCACGCUGCAUGAGGACAGCCCGGAGACAGAGAGCAAGUACGAGGAGUAUGGCUACAAUGCACAGCUCAGCGACCGCAUCUCCCUGGACCGCACCAUUCCCGAUUACAGGCCCAAACGGUGCCGACAGAUGAGCUACCCACAGGCGCUGCCACAGGUGUCUGUGGUCUUCAUCUUCGUCAAUGAGGCUCUGUCAGUGGUCCUGCGCUCCGUGCACAGUGUGGUCAACCACACGCCCCCGCAGCUGCUCAAGGAGGUCAUCCUGGUGGACGACAGCAGCAACCAUGCGGAGCUCAAGUUCAACCUGGACCAGUACGUGAACAAGCGGUACCCUGGGCUCGUGAAGGUUGUGCGCAACAGCCGACGGGAAGGCCUGAUCCGGGCGCGGCUGCAGGGCUGGCGGGCGGCCACGGCCCCCGUGGUCGGCUUCUUUGACGCCCACGUGGAGUUCAGCACCGGCUGGGCUGAGCCCGCUCUGAUGCGCAUCCGUGAGGACCGGAGACGUAUCGUGCUGCCGGCUAUCGACAACAUCAAGUUCGACACCUUCGAGGUGCAGCAGUAUGCCAGCGCAGCCCACGGCUACAAUUGGGGCCUCUGGUGCAUGUACAUCGUCCCUCCCAGGGACUGGCUGGACCGCGGCGACGAGGCGGCCCCCAUCAGGACCCCAGCUAUGAUUGGCUGCUCGUUCGUGGUGGACAGGGAGUACUUCAGGGACAUUGGCCUGCUGGACCCUGGGAUGGAGGUGUACGGCGGCGAGAACAUCGAGCUGGGCAUGCGGGUGUGGCAGUGUGGGGGCAGCAUGGAGGUGCUGCCCUGCUCCCGCGUGGCCCACAUCGAGCGCACCCGGAAGCCCUACAACAACGACAUCGACUACUAUGCGAAACGCAACGCCCUGCGCGCAGCCGAGGUGUGGAUGGACGGCUUCAAGUCCCACGUGUACAUGGCCUGGAACAUCCCCAUGACUAACCCAGGCGUGGAUUUUGGGGAUGUGUCCGAGAGACUGGCCCUGCGCCAGAGGCUGAAAUGUCGCAGCUUCAAGUGGUACCUGGAGAACGUGUACCCAGAGAUGCGGACCUACAACAACACGCUCACGUACGGAGAGGUGAGGAAUAGCAAAGCCAGUGGCUACUGCUUGGACCAGGGAGCGGAGGACGACGACCGGGCCAUCCUCUACCCCUGCCAUGGCAUGGCCUCCCAGCUGGUGCGCUACAGUGCCGAGGGGCUGCUGCAGCUGGGCCCACUGGGGUCCACCGCCUUCCUGCCUGACUCCAAGUGCCUGGUGGACGAGGGCAGGGGCCGGGCACCUGCACUGAAGAAGUGCGAGGAUGUGGCCCGGCCCACGCAGAGGCUGUGGGACUUCACCCAGAGCGGCCCCAUCGUGAGCCGGGACACGGGCAGGUGCCUGGAGGUGGAGAUGUCCAAGGAUGCACACUUCGGGCUGCGGCUGGUGGUGCAGCGCUGCUCCGGGCAGAAGUGGACCAUCAGGAACUGGAUCAAGCAUGGGCGGUCCUGAGCCCCAAGCACCGUGCAGAUGCCCGGCUGGCCCGAGCCCUCCAUGGCGGCACCUGCGGCUGAACCACGUGCCUUUCAGGGACGCGCCUGGCCGCAGCUGCAUGUGCUAACGCCCCAUCCACAGCGCAGAUAAGCCCAGCGGACACAGAUGCGAGUUCUGACCCAGCCUGGCCAGG